ACGAAUUCUGACCGUUCGAUCAUCACCUGCUCAUAUAAUAAUAUCGUCAGCAUCUCUUUUUGCGCCGUCAGAGGACUACUCACUGUAGAUUCUCCCAAAUUUUAUCGAUUAUCCCUCGAACGCAAAACCCUAGCACAAAGAUGAAUCGGGAGAAACUUAUGAAGAUGGCUGGUGCCGUCCGCACUGGUGGGAAGGUUAGCGUGAGAAGAAAGAAGAAGGCUGUUCACAAGACAACCACUACAGAUGACAAAAGGCUUCAGAGAACCCUGAAGAGAAUAGGGGUGAAUGCGAUUCCAGCGAUUGACGGCGUUAAACAUAUUCAAGGAUGUAUCGUUAUCCAGUUCAUUAACCCCAAAGGUGAUUUCAACUUGACUGUACUAGGAUAUGUCUAGUCUUUGCUUGUUCAUUAACCCCUUCAUGGGCAUGGUCAUGGACAAAUCAUGCCCAUGCCCAUGCCCAUGCCCAUGAUCAUGCUCAUUCAUCAUCAUAGAUUGAAUGAAUGAUUUUGUGCCAACUUUAUAUACUUUCAAUGCGCUAAAAGUUAGCUUUUGUUUCUAUUUUCUUUUUCUCCUCAAUGAGUCACUUUGUUUUAUCUGAUGCCUCCUUGUGAUACACUGGGUAGUUAUUAAAUUCUCUCCUUUUUCUAUUUUUUUCUUUUUUCAAUUAAAAUUUGUCUUUGCUUGUUUAUGUCGAUGCAAUUUAUAAGCUGGACAUAGCUAAAUCUGUUAGUUUAAACCAAGUUUACAUUUGGUAUUGGUAAUCUGUUUUUGGUGGCCAAGAACUGUCUUAAUUUGUAAGUGCUUUACCUUCGAUUCUCAUUUCUCACCAUUUUGAAAUCUUCUUCUGAAAGUUUUAAUUUAUGUCAAUUAUUUUGUGUUCUGCUUGUAGACUUUUGUUACUUUUGAUCUCUUAUUAUUAUUAUUUCCAAUUAAACCUUUUUUCAAAUACAAUCACAAGCUGAUCUACUUUUUAUUAUUAUUAUUAUUGGAGAAGUCUUUUUUUGCUUUUCGAGUACAAGUGGUAAAUUUUACCAAUAUUAUUUUUUGUGCCAAGGCAUCAAAUUUGUAAUUGGUAAAAUUUGCCAUUGGGCUUCACUUUUAUAAAGCAUGCCUGUCUCAUGUUAUUUAAUGAAUUAGUUAAUAUUAUUUUUGUUUUUAAUUGGUAAAAUGUAAUUAAAAGUAGAUCCCAUUGCUAUUUAAUAAAAUUUAAAAUUUUGCAUUGUUAUUUUUUAACAUUUGCAAUUGGAGUAUAAAUUGCAAAAUUUGGCAUUGAUAUUGACAAUUAUCAUUGGAGAGUUCAUAUCAAUGCUAAAUUAUAGUAAUGGUAAUGCCAAAAUGACAUUUACUAUUAGAGAUGUUUUUAUAUUAGAGCAUUGCAAUGGCAUUUUAUUUUGACACUGUCUUUGUAUUUUGUCAUUACAAUGCUAAAAUAUAGCAUAUAUAUGCUUUUUGUGCCCAAUUGCAUUUUUUGGUAAUGGCCCGUUACAUUGUGGGAUGCAUAUAAAUAAAUAAUAUAAUUUUUAACUUUCAAUUUUUUUAAAGUGUUUAGGAGUGGGAUCGAAUCUACCUUUCUUUUUUUUUUCACCAUUUUUAUUAAUAUUAUUUUUAACACAUAUCAUUGUUGAUAUUAUUUUUAACACAUAUCAUUAGAGAGGUAAUAUUAAAAUUUUAACAUUGACAUUGGCUAAAAUUUAAAAUGUAAUAGGAAAAUAGCCUUUGUCUUAAACAUAAAAUUAUCUAUUUUAGUUGGAUAAAAUGUUAAAUUAUAAAGGGUUUUUGUUAUAAUAUUAAUUUGAAAUACUUUACACCCUUAUGGUUUUUUUAAAUAAAUGUACUACGAUAAUUAAUUUUUUAAUAGUUAAGUAAUUUAAUUCUGAAAUUUUUUAUUAAUAUUAGUUUUGUGUGAGAUGGAACUUAAACAUUUCAAAACCAUUGUGCAUUAGCAUCGUGCAUGGAGUUGAAAAAGGUUUUUGUUUCACAUCAAUACAGAGAUAAUAAUAAUAAUAAUAAUAAUAAUUAAACAAAAAUUGCCACAUGUACAAGUCGAGGUCGGUGGCUGUUUAAGUGGAUAAAUUGUGGGGCAAAAUAUUAAGAAGUAGAUGAAAACCGGGGGGCGCUCUCUCUAGAAGACAAACAUUGUCCCUCUCUACAAAAAGGGGGAAACGAAGAGAGCUACUGUGCACCGCCAAGCCGAUCGCUCCGCUUCUUUCAUCUUCAUUCCGGUUUCGCACUUCACGAAAGAGAUUGUGAAGGAAUUUGUUCGAUUUAGGAAUUUUGGAUGAGGAAAAAUGGUGGGAUUGAGACCGGUAUGGGCAGUGAAAUCGAUUGUGGUGCUGAUAAUCACAUCGAUAUUGUUCCAUUGCGUGUCUGCGAUGACUGACCACGUUGUUGGUGGAGUUUCCGGCUGGGAUCCCAAUUCCAAUCUUCAAGGCUGGGCUGCCGAUACCACUUUCCAAGUCGGAGACCGUCUAGUGUUCAGGGGCAAGCCGGGCUGCUAUGUAUCGGAAGUGCACUGCUUGGAUUAUGGUUCCUGUCACGCGGUGCACCUGAUCCGUACAUACAACAACGUAGAGGUACUGAUCACGCUGACUCAACCAGGGUCCAGGUGCUUCAUAGGCAGCAGUCCAGAUCACUGUAAGGGGUGCCCAAAACUCCUGGUCCAAGUCCAACCACUCCCUCAGCUUUCCAGUGACGAUGACAAUGGCACUACUACUACUACUGCUACUACUACUACUACUACAAUAAGCCCCUCCUCCUCCUCCUACUCCUCCUACUGCCAUCCUCCUCCUCCUACUCCUCCUGCUGCUCCGGCAUUGAGCAAUGAUAAAGGAGGGAUAGAAGUACCUCCAGUUGGUUCGGAUAAUGAGCUGCAGGACAAAACGAAUAAUCCAGCCGAUGCUACCAGUGCCUCUCCUCCUUGUUCUUCUGGUGCUGGAGAGGCUGUGAUAAACUUGCUCUUCUGGUGGGUGCUGGUGAUCACAACCCUGGUGAUGCUGGUUUCUUCUGGGUAAAGUCGGGAGCUGGGUUUCAUCUUUGGCAUUUCACAGCUCAUGAUUGUUUGAUUUUGGUAUAUUGCUAAUGGUUCUGAGUACUUUCUGAUGAUCGAUCUUUAUGAUGCAUGCUCUUUUUGCUCACUUUUUGAUCACGCACAUUUUAGCCUUUUUGGUUUGAAAUUGGCUAUAUCGCUCUUCCCGUGUCUCUGUAGAGUGCUACUGCUAUGGGUGGUAUGGUGGUCUGUCUGAACACAUUUUUUUUUUUUUUUUUUUUGGCUAACGGGGUGUCUGAACUUUUGUUUGCCUAACAUUUGCUUCAUGCUUCCAACGCUAAUGCAUGUUAUUUCUUAAAGCUAAUAAACAAAAUGUUACACGCUUUCAGUUUUA